ACAGUUGUGAUGGUAAAGUAUGUGAUGGGCAUUGGGUUCCUUCACGAGUUCCACCCGCCCCCCGCCGCUUCAUGUCUCUGCACAUCAACAAUCUCACCAAGCUUAAUCUCUUCCAGUGUUUUGUUCCCUAAAGCAAGCAGGAAGGAGUUCGUCCAAGAUCCAUUGACCUCGGAGGCCGUGCACUCUGAGUGUUUUAGUAGUAUUACUAUUUUCUUUUCUUGAAAUGCCUAGAUUUCCGGUUGGUUAAUAGACAGAUUUUCUAGCUUAGCUAGCUACCUAGAUAAGCAAUAGGGUGUAGAUGGGAUCUGCAAGUGGGUUCUACUCUGGUGGAGACUUCAAUUUGGACUCCAAGUGGUUGAUUGAUCCAAAGCUCCUCUUUGUUGGGCCCAAGAUUGGGGAGGGUGCUCAUGCCAAAGUAUAUGAAGGAAAAUACAGAAACCAAAAUGUGGCAAUCAAAAUUGUCCAUAAAGGGGAGACACCGGAGGAGAUUAGCAAGAGGGAUGCCCGGUUCGCAAGAGAGGUUGCCAUGUUAUCCAGAGUUCAACACAAGAACUUGGUGAAGUUUAUAGGGGCCUGUAAGGAGCCUGUGAUGGUCAUUGUAACUGAGCUGCUUCUCGGCGGGACCCUGAGAAAGUACUUGGUGAACAUGCGGCCCAGGUGCUUAGAUACGAAUGUAGCAAUUAGAUUUGCACUUGACAUUGCUCGUGCCAUGGAAUGCUUACACUCUCAUGGAAUCAUACACCGUGACUUGAAACCAGAAAACUUGCUCCUAACAGCUGACCAUAAGACCGUUAAACUUGCUGACUUUGGUCUGGCAAGAGAAGAAUCACUGACGGAGAUGAUGACUGCUGAAACUGGAACCUAUCGCUGGAUGGCUCCCGAGCUCUACAGCACAGUUACACUAAGGCACGGAGAGAAAAAGCAUUACAACCACAAAGUCGAUGCCUACAGUUUUGCCAUUGUGUUGUGGGAGCUCAUACAUAAUAAGUUACCAUUUGAGGGCAUGUCCAAUCUCCAGGCUGCCUAUGCUGCUGCUUUUAAAAACGUAAGGCCUAGUGCUGACGAACUGCCAGAAGACAUAGCAGAAAUCGUGACAUCGUGCUGGAAAGAAGAUCCAAACGCGCGCCCCAACUUCACACAGAUCAUACAGAUGCUUCUCCACUGCCUCUCAACAUUGUCCCCUCUUGAAAUGCUGCCCCCUAUACCUCCAAGAAUCUUCGCUUCAGAGAAUGCCGCCGUGUUUCCACCAGAGUCUCCAGGGACAAGCUCCCUGAUGGGGAAGCGCGGCGACUCCUCCUCAGAAGAUCCCACCCCCAGAACCCCGCCAUUAGAGAGUAACGACCGCAAGGGCUUGUUCCUCUGCUUUAAACAGUGCUAUUGAGUUUGCCCUCAUAAUAAAGUCACUUUGCAUUCUAAUUUAGUUCUGACUGAGAAUGGAGAGCCUUGGUUACAAGAGCUGUAAUUGUAGGUUGAUAAUGUAAUAAUGAUAAUCAUCGUAUCAUAGAGUUGUAAAAUAAGGUUUCAUCCAAUGCAUGUUUAUUUGCUAUUGAGAAAUGUUUAAUGUAAAAAAAUGUAUUUUUAGUCCAACCAUUGGUUGUGUAGGUUCAUUAAAAAUAGUAUCAGUAAAGGUCACAUGUUCAG